UGUUCUGCAGUCUCCGCCUAUGAGAGAACCUGCUCUAUUUUGGGGUUGAACAUCCCAGAGUGGCGCUCUGCUUUGCAGUGUGCUGAGUCAGACCCCUGUGAACAGCUGGACUGCACAGAGCAUGAGUGGUGUGGUGAGAAGGACGGUGUGUACGGCUGUUUCUGUGAUGAACACCACCAUCAAUCCAACAAUGAGAGCUACGACUUGUCCAUCACUUGUGUCAGUAGUUCAGGCACCAUGUCUGUAUCGCGUUGCCAGCUAUUUGAAGCUGGCUUCCACUCCAGCGCCCUCCAUCUCCGAGAUGCAUCCUGCAAAGGGACACUCCAAGACGGACGUCUAGUGUUCAACUUUAACAAUGAUGACCAGCUGUGUGGGACAGUUCUCAGGAGCAACGGAACACAUUUCAUCUAUGAGAAUACCAUCCAGGCCAAUGAGGAUCUUCAUCAAGGCCUAUUCAGUCAUCAGAGGAGCAUUAAUCUACCUUUCUGCUGUGAAUACCCUUUGGACCAGGCCCUGUCUAUGUCUGUGGGCAUCAACCCUAUAGAGAGCAUUGUGAGGAAGAAGCAUUCGUCUAUCCAUGGACAGUAUCAUAUGAGAAUAAUCCCCUACCAGGACGCUGGCUUCCACUACCCCCUGACCAGUGACAGAAACAUAGAAAUGGAAAUCGAUGAAAGAUUGUACAUCGAGGUGCGGACAGAGGGAGUCGAUGGAAGGCAGAUCUCCACCGUUAUAGACUCUUGUUGGGCAACACCUGUCAACCUUGCCAACUACGCUGUCCGCUGGGAUCUCAUUAGUGCAGAGUGUCCUAACACAGCAGACGAUAGAGUACAGCUGAUUCAGAACGGUAUCUCCACCGUGUCCCGAUUCUCCUUUAGGCUGUUCACCUUUACCAACUUUUCAUCCAUCUAUCUGCACUGCCAGGUUCACCUGUGUCUUUUGAGACAUAACAACUGCACAGCUCACUGCUAUCCAGGUUACCACAGGCAAGUGAAGAGGGACAUAUCCUACCAU